AUGGGGAGGAUUUCCUUGAUGGGGAAGGGACACGGGAGCCCAAGCUCGAAGCGGCCGGCGGCGGCGGCGGAGCUGCGGAGAGGCCACUUCGCCGUCUACGUGGGGACGGAGGAGAAGCGCUUCCUCGUUCCUGUGUCUUACCUGAAGAGCCCCUCGUUCCAGGCGCUGCUCCACCAGGCCGAAGAGGUGUUCGGUUUGGACCAGCCCCCCGGCGGCCUCAGGCUCCCUUGCAGCGAACCCACCUUCCUCUCCGUCGUCUCUCAGCUCGGCGGCUCCUGA